AUGAUUAGAGAAGAAGAAUAUUCAACAUCACAAAUAAUUUGUGGUGUAAAUAAUGUUUUAUUUAAUAAUAAUAGUUGCACAAGUACUAAUACAAGUACAGCUGAUGAUAUGUCAGAUACAUGUAGUUUAGUAUUUGAUGAAGAUCCGAUAGAUUUAGCAUCUUUAACUCAAGAUGAAUUAAUAUUAAAAAAAGAAAGAAUUAGACAACAAACAGUUUCAGAAUUAGUAAAAACUGAAGCAAAUUAUGUCAGAGAUUUAAAAUUAAUUAUAAAGUUAUAUAUUGACCCAAUUAAAGAACAUAUUGAUAUUAAACAAAUUCAAGAAGUUUUUGGAUGUACUGAAGGUUUAUUAAACUAUCAUAGGGAAAUUAUACAUAAUUUAGAAGGAAUUCCUUCAAAACCACCUCAUUUACAAAAUGUUGGUGAAGUUUUAUCUAAAUUUUUUGAAAGUAUUGAUUAUUUAAAUUUAUAUAAAGAAUUUUGUUCAUAUCAAAAUACAUGUAUAGAAUCAUUUGAAAAAUUAAAAAUUUCAUCAAAAGUAUUUUCAAAUUGUAUUGAAGGUGCAGCAAAGAGUCAUUUAACAAGAGGAUUAUCAUUUCCAAUGUUAAUUAUUAAACCAAUUCAAAGAAUUACAAAAUAUCCAUUACUAUUAAAAUCACUUUUAGAGAAUACUCCAAUCGAUCAUAUGGACUAUGGUUUUAUAAAUUAUUGUUUCUUAAAAAUUAAUUCAAUCUUAGAGGAAAUUAAUCAUCAAAAAAGACUUGCCGACGAGAAAAUAGAAAAUGAUAAAAAAAUUAAAGAAAUUGAAUAUUCUUUACAAAAUUUAGAUUCAGAUUUAAAAUUAUCAAAUCAAAAUAGAAAAUUUAUAAAAGAAGGUUUAGUUUCAAAAAAAUUAGAUAAAGAAUUAUUAAGAUGUAUUUUAUUAAAUGAUGUAUUAAUUUUAGCUAAAAAUAAAAAAUCAAAUUCAACUGUAAAAUUAAUAGUUUAUUUAGAAAAUAUUUUAAUUCGUGAUUCAAUUGAUUCAUUACCUGGUUAUAAAGAAGGAUUUGAAAUUUUAGUAUUAAAUGAAAAGAAAGAAAAGAUUAUUGGUUUAUACUUUUCAAGUGAAGCAGAGAAAAAAGAAUGGUUAGCUGCAAUUCAAUCAUUGGCUGGUGGUAAAAUUGAUCAAAAUAAACAAGCUAAAUAUAGUUGGUUCUUAAAAAAGAAUUCUGGUACUUUCUUAAAUUCAACAAGUUCUUUAUCUUCUUUAUCAAGUACUCCAACUUUAUCAAUUGAUAUUUCAAUGACACCAUCUCCAAGAUCUUCGGCAAAUUUAACUGGUUUAUUAAGUAAUAGUGGUUGUGGUAAUGGUGGUAGUAGUGGUGGUAGUAAUUCACCAAGUUUAGAAUCUCCAAGUUUUAAUACUAGACAAAGUCAUUCAAAUAGUGGUGGUGGUAAUGGUACAAUUGGUAGAUGUGGUUUAAUUUCUUCGUCCUCAACUUCAUCAGGUUCACCAUCUUCAUUAUCACUGAAUUCAAUUACUCCAACUGGUAGUUUAAGAGAAACUAGAAAACCACCUCCACCACCAUUAAAUGUUAAAGAUAUUUUCACUUCUCCAAAUAAUUCAACAACUGGUAAACCUCUUAGUGGUCCAUACUCUGCCAACCCUUCACCCAAUAGUACUCUUACUCAUUCUGUAAUUGAUUCAUUAUCUCCAACUUUUCAAAGCACUGUACCAUCUUCUUCAAAUUUUUCAAGAGCAAGUUCUGUACCAUCAUUUUAUAAUUUCCAAAAUGAUCCAUCAAUUCAACAACAAUUACAACAACAAUUACAACAACAACAGCAACAACAACAGCAACAACAACAACAAUUACAACAACAAGAUACAAAACAUAAUGCAAGAAGAAUGCCACAAACAAUAUCAUCAAUUUCAUAUGGUAGUGAUGAUUCAUCAUCUUCUCCUCAAUUGACUACACCUCCAGCAUCACAAGUUUUAAAACCAAAUUCUAUGACAAAACCACCUCCACCACCUAGAAAUGCUAGUCCAUAUAAUACAAUAACUGCUGAUACUGAAUAUUUAAGUACUUCUGCUUCUUCACAUCCUUUAUCUGCUCCAUCAUCUGGUUUUAAUACACCUCUUUCAUCAAGUUGUGACUAUGUUCCAAUUAAAAAUGGUGGUGGUUCUAGAAGUUUUACAAAUUUAUUACCACCUCCACCACCUUUACAAUUCCCACCACCAAUACCAAUUCCAUCAACAACCGCCACAACAACAACAACAAUUAAUUCAUCAUCAAAUUCACCAAGAUUUCCACCACCUCCACCACCUUCAAUAGAAUUUUCAAAUCUACCACCACCUAUUGAUUUCAAUAGUUUACCAUUACCACCACCACCAUCAAUUACAACUAUCACAACAACUACAACUACUACAACAACUACAAUUUCUACAAAAACUGAAUAUAAAUCAACUUGCACAUCACCAAUUCCUCCACCUAUAAUUUCAAAUAAUUCAAAAUUCACUCCACCACCAUUACCAUCAUCUUGUUUAAAUUUACCUCCACCACCUGAUAAUGAUGAUGAUGAUGGUUAUUUUUCUUCAAACAAUAAUAAUAACAAUUCAAUUCCACCACCAUUACCACCUAAAACUUAUUUAUAUCAACAAGGUGAUACAAAUAGAUUACCACCACCACCACCAUCCUCUUCAACACCACAUUCAGUAUCACCAACUCCACCACCUCAAACAACACCACCAUCAACAGUGAUAAGAGCAAAAUCUCCAGUUACUAAACCAACUCCAGCACCACGAGCAAAAUCACCAAUUACAACUGCAUCAAUAAUAUCACAACCAAUUGCUUCAAAACCAUCAUCAAUAAAUAAUAAUAACAAUAAUAAUAAUAAUAAUAAUAAUGAUAAUAAUAAUGACAAUAAUAAUAACAAUAAUCAAAAUUCAAUAAAUCAAACUUGUACUUUACCAAAUCGUUCUUCUCCAUUUAGUAAUAUAAAUAGUGCAUUUAAAAAAACUGCUAGUGAAAUUCAAUUACCACCACCUCCUUUAAUUGUAAAGCAUGCUCCGCCACCUCGAUCAUCUUCGACCAUUGGAAAUGUAACAACAAAUAAUGAUUUACCACCUCCAUCCAAUAAUACUAAUAACUCUCCAACUACUUUUCAACCAAUUUUAUCCAAUGGUACUUGUAAUCUUUUUAAUAAACCAAAAUUCCACCAAGCAUCGUUGUCAAAAUCUACAGGAAUUACAAUUCAAGGAAGAACGACACCACCCAUACCCCUCUCUUUACCAACAAUGCCAAAAUAA